GAUCAGUCGUCAUCAUACUCCGGUCGCAUGACUUUGAUUGCUGGUCUAAUACAGUUGAUAUUUAAAUUUAUUAUUAAGAAAGAAAAGUAAAAAAUGGAGUACGGAGCCAUUGAAGUCUUAAUCAUAACCGCGGGAGUUAUUUUCGCGCUCUAUUAUUGGGCAACUUCGACGUACGGUCAUUGGAAACGUUUGGGAAUCCCUGGACCAGAACCAUCGCUGCUGGUCGGUAACAUGGGUCGGUUUUAUUUUGGAAAAGUAUCUUUUGCUGAAAGACAUCAGGAAAUUUACAAUGAGUGGAAACAAGAGCCAUUUUUCGGGACCUUCAAUGCGCGACUGCCGAUCCUCAUCAUAACGGACCCAGAAUUAAUACGUCAUGUCUUGAUAAAAGACUUCCAUGUCUUCCCUGGCCGUGGCAUCAGUAUCAAUAACGAUGACCCAUUGGCGCAUCAUCUUUUCAAUAUUGACGGGCACAAGUGGAAGGUACUCCGGUCUAAAUUAACACCGGCAUUUACCACAGGAAAACUAAAACUCAUGAUUGAUUUAAUGAUCGAGUGUGCGGGUCACUUUGAAAAGUAUCUUCAUGAUCAGGUUGGCAGCGGCAAAGUACUCGAGUGUCGUGACCUGGCCGCUAAAUUUACGACGGAUGUUAUCGGCUCUUGUGCAUUCGGUAUCAAUAUGAAUGCAAUUGACCAAGAGGACAGUGAGUUCCGGGUGAUUGGAAGGAAAAUAUUUGAACCGACUCUUGGAAAUAUGAUUAAGCAGCUGCUUAGUGUCUUGUCGCCUAGAUUAUUUAAGAUUCUGGGCUUGCAAAUUAUGUCCGACGCCCAUUCAAAUUUUUUUAUCAACUCCAUCAAGGAGACUAUAGAAUUCCGAGAACGAGAAAAAGUUAUACGUCAUGAUCUUGUUGAUAUACUGAGGGAUAUUAAAAAGAAUCAGCAUGACAUUGAUUUCGAGUUGACUGAAGCACUUCUUGCGUCUCAAGCCUUCGUCUUCUUUGCCGCCGGAUUUGAAACUUCAUCGACGACAAUUUCAUUUGUUUUGUACGAGCUGGCGACUGUACCAGAGACUCAAGAAAAAUUGAGAACAGAAAUUCUUGACACACUCAAAAAACACGAUGGUAAAUUGUCCUACGAAGUUAUCAAUGAAAUGAAGUACCUCAAUAUGGUCAUGCAAGAAACACUGAGAAAAAAUCCACCAGCGGUUUUACUGAAAAGAAAGUCUGAGCAACCUUACAAAUUACCUGGAAGUGAUACAACUUUACCAGCAGGCACAAUCGUAUAUAUACCAGUAUACAGUAUUCAUCAUGACGAGCAGUAUUAUCCGAACCCAGAAGUAUUUGAUCCCGAACGAUUCGAAGACGAAAGGAAACAUUCAAUGGUUCACUUGCCAUUUGGUGACGGCCCUAAAAAUUGCAUUGGCCUCAGAUUUGCUACUUAUCAAUCCAAACUAGGACUUAUUUCUGUUCUCAAACACUUCAAAGUCUCGCCAUCAAAGUCAACCCAAGUUCCUUACAAGAUUGACAAAGUCGGUAUUAUUUUAUCAGUCGCUGGCGGGAUAAAUCUCAAGUUCGAACCACUCAAUUUACUAGAUCCAUCGGGCAAGAUGAUGGAGUACGGAGUGCAAGAAAUUUUAGUAAUAAUCGCAGUUGUAGUGAUUGCUAUUUAUUAUUGGUCUACUUCUACGUACAAUCAUUGGAAAUCUUUGGGAGUUCCGGGCCCGAAACCAGCCCCACUGGUGGGAAACAUGGGUCCGUUUUUCUUCGGAAAAAAGUCAAUAGCCGAAACGCAAGAUGACAUGUACAGAGAAUUCAGAGAUGAGCCAUAUUUUGGUUUUUACAAUGCGCGGGUACCAUUUCUGAUGGUAACGGAUCCGGAUUUAAUACGUCAGAUCUUAAUAAAAGACUUCCAUUUCUUCCCUGGUCGUGGAUUUAACAUCCGGGACGACGAGCCUCUGGUACACCAUCUAUUCAAUAUCGAUGGACACAAAUGGAAAGUAAUGAGAGCUAAAUUAACUCCAGCAUUUACUACGGGAAAACUGAAACACAUGAUUGACUUGAUGGUCGAGUGUGCAGAUCACUUUGAAAAGUAUCUCCAGAAUCAAGUUGGCAAAGGUAAAGUUAUCGAGUGCCGUGAAGUAGCAGCUAAAUUUACUACAGAUGUUAUUGGCUCGUGUGCAUUUGGUAUCAACAUGAAUGCACUUGACAGAGAAGACAGUCAGUUCAGGAUAAUAGGAAGGAAAAUGUUUGAACCGUCUGUAUUUGGUAUAAUGAAGCGAAUGCUAAGGGAUUUGGCACCGAAAGUUUUUAAGUUACUAGGCCUUAAGUUGGUCCCUAAAGCGCACACUGAUUUUUUCAUUGACUCUAUACGAGAGACGAUAGAGUUUCGGGAGAAAGAAAAUUUUGUCCGUCAUGAUCUGGUUGAUCUCUUGAGAGAUAUUAAAAAAAAUCAGCAUGAAAUUGACUUCGAGGUGACUGAAAAUCUCUUGGCAUCUCAAGCCUUCGUCUUCUUUGCCGCCGGAUUUGAAACUUCAUCGACGACAAUUUCAUUUGCUUUGUACGAGCUGGCGACUGUACCAGAGACUCAAGAAAAAUUGAGAGCUGAAAUUCUUGACACACUCAAAAAACACGAUGGUAAAUUGUCCUACGAAAUUAUCAAUGAAAUGAAGUACCUUAAUAUGGUCAUGCAAGAAACAUUGAGAAAAGAUUCACCGGCAUUUCUAUUAAGAAGAAAAUCUGUUGAGCCGUACAAAAUACCCGGAAGUAAUGUAACUUUACCAGCAGGUACGAUGGUUCAGAUUCCAGUCUACAGUAUCCAUCAUGACGAGCGAUAUUAUCCAAACCCCGAAGUUUUCGACCCUGAAAGAUUCGACGAAAACGAAAAAAGACAUCCAAUGGUUCAUCUACCAUUCGGAGACGGCCCUAAAAAUUGCAUUGGCCUCAGAUUUGCCGUCUAUCAAUCAAAACUAGGUCUUAUUUCUGUUCUCAAAAACUUUAAAGUCUCGCCAUCGAAAUCAACUCAAGUUCCCUACAAGAUUGAUAAAACAGCUAUAAUUUUAUCAUCUGCCGGCGGAAUAAAUCUCAAAUUUGAACCGCUCAAUUAAUUUACAUUGAAUCUAUUUUAUAAAUAUUCUCAUUUAUUAAUUUUAUGACAUAAAAAUUUCUUCCUCAUUUAUACAGAGCUAGCAUAAAAAAAAUUUAAUUAUUAAAUUAUACCAGCAUGUAAUUAAAAUUUGAAGAUAAAAGUACAAAAGUUACAACGAAAAUAUGA